ACAAGCAUCGUUUAUCGUUGGAUUGUUGUAAGAAAACAUUAAAAAUGAGUGAAGCAGCUUCUCCAAAGAAAAUCGCACCCAAGAAGAAACCUGCUGCAAAGAAGACAGCUGAUCACCCUAAAUAUGUGGACAUGAUCAAGGCUGCUAUCGCUACCCUAAAGGAACGCGGUGGUUCAUCUCGCCAAGCUAUUACAAAAUAUAUUCAUGCAAAUUACAAAGUUGCUGAAAACUCAGAUCAUCAUCUGAAAAUGGCUCUUAAACGAGGAGUAACAUCAGGCGAUUUGAUUCAAACUAAAGGCACUGGUGCUUCUGGAUCAUUCAAGCUAGGUCAGGUAAAAAAAGAAAAACCUAAGAAAAAGGCCGCAGCAAAAAAGCCAACGGCAAAGAAGCCUACUGCAAAGAAAAGUACACCAAAAAAGAAGCCAGCAAAGAAGAGCACGCCAAAGAAAGCAGCAAAGAAGCCUGCCACAAAGAAAGCCUCGGCUAAGAAACCAGCAGCUAAGAAACCCACAAAGAAGCCUGUUGCUAAAAAACCUGCAGCAAAGAAGGUCAAAAAGACUCCCAAAAAGGCAGCAAAGAAGACCGCAAAAAAAUAAUUUGUGUGUAUCUGGCUAUUACAUUAACAAACGGCUAUUUUUAUAGCCACAC